AUUAUUUUUGAUCCAUGUGCAGUGUAUAGUUUCGAUAUACAUUCGUGAAGGGGUGAAAAAUACACAGAUAUUAGUAUAAAUUGCUUUCCAGCGAGUUUGGUGAGGUGGUAUGUAUGUACUUAUGAUUUACAGCAAUAUGUACAUACAAUAAAUCGUUGGGAUACUAUUAUACAUAAUAUAUUAAUAUUCCACUCUUAGUUGAACACAGCAAAAUUGAGUUGCACGAGGAGUAAAUUUGGCUGGUUUCGUGUUUUAGUCCAUCGCACUUCGUUUGUGUGUUUUGGAUAAAAUAAUACCGGACUCGGUAUAGUGUUGAACAUGGCUGCAGCCCGAGUUGGCAAUAGCGAAGUUUCAUCGACCGUGAAAUCUGGAUCUGAAGAAAGCCCUGUAGAUGACGACGACGAAGUCCUCAGGAUAAGUUACAAGGACGUGCCUGACGACUUUUUUGACAGCCUAGUCACUGAAGAGUGUCCAGAAGAUACGAAGCAGAAGCAACCACCUGCAGCAGAGCCAGCCACGAAAGAAAAGGACAAAGCGGAUCAGAUUGAUCUGAGGAUUAAGUUGACAGAUAGGAAGAAGAUAGAGUGUGGAGAGCAGAAGAGAGUAGAUGACAAAAAGAAGGAUGGAGGUGGCACUCGCCGGUCCAGGUCUCCGGAGAAACGGAGGGCGGUGUCGCCAAGAAAGGUGUCUCCAAAGCGCCGGCGCUCAAACUCGCCGCAGCGAAAGUCUAGGUCACCUAGGGCCAUCAAACACAGAUCUUCUCCUGUUAGGCGGCCGCCACCCAAGAAUAGAAGGUCCGUGAGUCCAAAAAGGGAAAUCAGCCCAAGGAGGACCUUCACCAUGAAGUCUCCGUCUCCACGGAGAAACAGUGCGACGCGCAGGCCGUCCCCUCGAAGGUCUCCAGUGAGGAGGAGGUCGGCGUCACGAAGUCCGAGAAGGUCCAGCACUGAUCUCUUUUCAGCCCGCAUGAACAGCAGAAGGACCAGGCAGAGGAGGAGCAUCUCCCCCACGAGAAGGGACUACCGAAAAUCCAUCAGCCUGUCCCCAGAGCCUCCAGAAAGAGCCUCUCGUCCCCCGGCCACCAGGAGUAUUCCGAGGAGGAGGAGUAGAAGCAGAAGCCGCUCGCCCCUGCGGAAAAUCAGCGGGACUCCGCCUCAAAAUACGUUCAUGACGUCAACUAAACCUCCAUUGCUUUCGAUACCCCAACCAUCACUGGAAGAAAUCGCCAGCGGUGCUGUCAUUCCAUAUCAAAUGCCUUACGGGGGAUACCAGCCGCCCGGCCAGAUGAUGUACAACUACCCUCACGACCCUCACCCUCGGGCCCCGUACCACCCACCCGUGAUGCAGUAUCCGCAGCGGUAUCCAUCCCAGCCUGUAGUUCCCGGCAUCGGAGACGUGGGGACACUUCCGAUGGCUUACCCUCUACCGCAGCCAGUGCCUAAGCCUGUUCUGGAGGAUCCACUAGCUCCACCAUUACCUAGCCCCAGCACGCCUUCAGCACCUCAAAUCAAAAAGUCUCUCAAGACAAUGAGCAGCAUCACCUCUGGUGCUAGCAGCAAUGACAUCGAUGAGUCAAAGAACAGCAUGAAGCUCUCUGACUUCCUUGCCUCAAUGACUGCCGCCAGCAACAAGCCGAUGGAAUACAAGAAAGCCAUCGACGAUCGCAUCAAGGCUGCAAUUGCCAGGUUUGACGCGACCUUCUUGCAGCCCCUGCGUUUCCAGGUCAUUCCAUCAAUGGCCGAGGUCAAAGACGAAGUCGAGGCUUCGCCCAACCAGUCGCCGCUGCUGAAAAAGCCGCUCGUGAAGCUGGACAACUUCAUCAGGCCCCUGAACCUGAGAGCUCUAAAGGUGCCGGACAAACCGCAGUUUGUCUGCAAGAAGCCGGAGCUGGUUCCGCCCAAGCCGGAGAUCUCCAUCAAGAAGCUGCUGGCUAGCAACAAAAAGCAGGUGAGCCGGAAAGACUCAAGCACAUCGCCCAUCCGCGUGCGCAAUUCCAACGUCGGCUGCCAGACAGACCCGAUUCCGGAGCCGCCGCCACUCGUCUGCUAUACGUGCGUUGAGCGCAGCAAGAAAACCUACAUUAACCACUGGACGCAAAUGAAGCCGACCACGAUGUGCCACACAAGCGUGCAGACCAUGGACGUGCCUGUCUCUCGCUUGGGCCCUCCGGUCAACCCCUACGAGCAGGAGGACCUGCGGCACAGCCUGAGAGGACGCGUCUCUCCGUGGGAGUAUGAAAACCAGCGAGAUGAUCCUCAUGCCUUGAUGGAACCCCAGCACUUACCAAGAAGCCCAAUCAACAUGCCACCAGAGUUGUACGAAUCUCCACCGAGAUACGCAACGCAGACAUUCUUACCAAUGCCAGAAGUAAUUUACCAGCGCCGCACUCGUUCUCCAUCGCCGCAACUGCCGCCCCCGCACUACCAUGACUACCAGCUGUCACCGCGGAUGAUCUCGCCGCCGGCCCGCCGCAUCCUGUCUCCACCGCGCAGACUCUCGCCACCAGCCCGCCGCCUCUUGUCUCCGCCGCGCAGAGUCUCACCGCGGGAUCUGACUCCACCGAGGAGAGUGUCACCGCCCCCGCGGAGAGUUUCGCCGCAGAGAAGAUUGUCAUCGCCUCAGAUGAGAUUGUCACCGCUGCAAAGGAGAAUGUCACCGCCUCAAAGGAGAGUGUCACCGCCGCAAAGGAGAGUGUCACCGCCGCAGAGGAGAGUGUCACCGCCGCAGAGGAGGGUGUCACCGACGCAGAGGAGAGUGUCACCGACGCAGAGGAGAGUGUCACCGCCGCAGAGGAGAGUGUCACCGCCGCAGAGGAGAGUGUCACCGCAGCAGAGAAGGGCGUCGCCGCCGCAGCAUUGGAGGCGCUUGCUCAUCUGCGAGGACUGCAAUGUGACGUUCAACUCAGAACAGCAAAUGGGCGACCACAUGCGUUCAGAGCGGCACCGGCUGCGUUUGGUGAAACUGGAGUUGGAGAGACGGGGAGGCCAUUCUAGCCACUCGCACGAGAGGAAGGGACCGUCCAGACCUACAGACGGUCACUAUUCUGGUGGAGCGCAGUGGCAGAGGAAGCAGUUUUAGUCUAUCUCUAAACGAAUUAAUGCAUUUCUCUUCUCACGGUGUCAAGCAUGUGUUUCUAACCAUCCAAAUAAAAUGAGAUGGCACUGACAUUGUACCAGAAGAAAGCAUACAAUUUAUUUUUCUCUUUAUUUUCUAAACAAUAUCCUUGGAGUAAUUCACCAAGGUUCUUUUUGCUUUUCGUCAAUCAAAUUUCAAUUUAAAUCUGCCCUUGUUGCCAUAACUUAUAAUUGUAAGUUCCUAGCUUAGGAGGUAAAUGAUGUGACAUUCCAUGUAAUGUUCUCUCUAACUGGUGCAAUAAAACAGAAGGUAAGCGAAAAAGGUUUUUUAUUUUACGGACAGUAUUUUUCCUUUUAAAAUUUCGGUAAGGUAUGGAUUUUUUCCGAAAUUUUUGGCUUUUUUCUGUCAUUUUUGUGGUAUCUUCUGAUAUAAAUAUAUUACCUGGUAUUUUUAGUAAUAUUCCUGGUUAGAUUUAAUUUUUUUCAUAAUUAUUAAUAUUGUUUGCGUGAAAUCUAGGUCUGAUGCAGUACUUAGAUGCAUUUUUGUUCAAUUUACACAGUUUAAAGCAAAUGAAAAUCAACCAUUUUUCAAACGUACGGUUCAAAGUUUUGUUAUUUGAAACUCUAAUUCGUUUUCUUUUCCCCCGGAAAAAUGACCAUCUCUGCAUCUCACCAAACGAAUGUUCAUGGGCUCCCUGAUCCUGCGGGGCAACGACCUGCAGAAGACAGACGGGUUACGGCUCUCCAGCAGACAGGUUAAGCAAAAUUAACUGCCAACUGAAUUAAUUUAGAUAAUUUUUGCCAACUGAUCGAGCGAUUUCAUUGAUACUAAAACAGAGGUCUCAGUCAUAAAGUCGGGAAGUGCAGGAGAAAUACUUGUCCCCCAGCCCUUCUGGCACUAUCAAACUUAACGCUAUAAAGUUUUUCAGCCGCGCCAGCCGCCGUCGGGCCUAAAUUCGGCUGCAGCCAGUCCAGCCAGACGCCGAAAAUAACGCGGCUGAGAUCUCUGAAUAAAAAUGUUUACGUCCAGGUAAAAAGCUAUGUUUUCUAAUCCGAGGAUUACAUUAAAAUGAUCAAAAUUAAAUUACCAACACUUAUCAGAUGAUUAUAGAGUCUAUUCAGAUUUUUAAUUAUUGGUUAAUAAUCACUUACGUCAUAUUUUAUUUUAUUUAUUUUUUAAUGUAAGAUUAAUACGAAAAAAAUAUUCAGAGCUUGACAAUAUUUAUAGCAUUAAGAGUUGGAAUUUUUUUAUUUUGUUCUUGUCAUGAAGUAUUGGAACUAAGUAAGAAAUUGCAUUUUCUGGAUGAAAAACUUUUCUUGUUCAGGAAAAUUCUAGGGGUAAAUGAAACACAUUAGGUUUAUUUCUAAUUUGCAAUAAUGCUUUUUAUUAAGGAAAGCUAUUGUGUAGUGAUCACUAUAAAAACAUCUCUAUGACAAGCAAAUCAAUGUAUGCAUACAGAACAUUAUUCCAAAACACUUCUCACUUAAAAUUUAAUCCAAGAUACAAUAUAAUAUAUCAAUAUUCGUCAAUCGAAGUACAGUUUAUGGGAUGAGUUAAUUUAUACUUGUCUCACGGAAUAUUUGCACUGAUUCACUUUAGUUUCAACAUCGUCUCAGGUGUGUGAGUGUAUGUGUGUACAUAAUUGUAUGUGUGUUUGUGUGAGUGUUACUGGAAAACCAGAAAAGACGAGAAGAGAUCCUCCUUCGCUUCUUUUCCAUUUUACAUCAUCAUGAUAUGUCAUCGACAGAGAUACACUCGAAUCGGAUAGAGACACUCGUCACGUGAACCCAACUUUAAAAACCGAAAGUGUGUGUAUCGUUAAAAAAUGUCAUUUUAUUAUUGCUGCGCAAAACGGAAAGAGGGGAAACGAACUUUACAUGGCGCAUUUUGAAUUUCAGUUUUAAAUAGAGUGGAUCAGUUUUUCACAUAGUGUUGUACGUUUUGUGCAAAAUGGAGAGCUAAAACAAUGUUUCUUUUAUUUUUUGUUUCACGACGCAAUACAAACCAACAACUUUUUACAUCUGCAGUCAUUUGAGGUUUCUUACAAGUCGGGGGGGCUUUUCAGACUAGAGAUUUAAGUUAUGUGACUAAUUCAAUUAUCCCAAUACCUAUCUUUUGAAAUCAACUUAGCAGACAGACGCUCAAGAAUGUUUAUCUGACCUUUGAGGCCAAUUUUUCGCAUUCCAAAUGAUCAACAAUUACAUCAUCAACACAUUGGAAUGGAUAAUUAUGUUCAUUUUCACGCUUCAGGCCAAGCGAAUCUAGAUUCCAGCCCGAGCGCGAUAACAAAUAAGGUACAUUUUGUCUCUUUAAAAUUAAUAUCAUUGCACGUAAUACGAAGACAAAUAAAAUGGAAUGGAACAAUCAAGGGUCCUGCGUUUUACAAUCGUUAUUUGUCUCUAGAGAAGUGGUAGCUUCCGUGUGUCAAUAAUUUUAAUUUCGCCAAAUCUGUUCAAUAUAAAACCAUCCAGUGACUUAGUUCAAUACAUAACUACAUACACCACAUAUUCACUCGAUUUUUGAUACCUUUUUAAUUACAUUUUUGCACAUAUCUCAUUUACUUUUCGGUGGUUAAAUUUUUCUCGGUAAACGCUCCUCACUACAAUUCAAUCCUGCAACUGUUGUACAAACAGCGAUUAUAUUAAUCGUUUUCUAUAUAAUUUUUAUCUCCAUUCAUACCUGUAAAUUUCAAUUCAACUCUUGAGUCUGUUCGAACAGACCGUCUUAAGAAAAAAGUUUGAAAACAAUGGCUCACUUUAGAGUGCGUUUUCGUGACUAUAACUUUCUCAAAAUGAUUCUCUUUAUUGCGGAUAAAAACACUUUUGAUCAGUUUUUCUCGGGGAGCUGCUUUCUUUUUCUGUUUCGCUACGUGUACAUUUUACACUUAUUUCCUGGCAAUUAAGUACUCAGCUUAAUACUCGAACUGAUUUUUAGAAUAUGAAUUCGGUGGGUGACUGGGGGCAGGGGAGAACGAACUCACUAAUUCCGCACACGAUUUUUUGACAGUCGAUCCGGCGAUUAGCGAGCUUGCUCGGGUGAUUGGAAUUGCGAACGCCUACGCGCGCUAUGUACAGACUUGUUCCUUAAAUACCACUGUUUAAUUUUUAUACAUAACACAUUCACUGACUUGACUGGUUUUCUUACAUGCUAUCUCAAUUGAAUAGCAGGAAAGAUCCUUUAUACAACAGAGCACAAUGGUUUCAGGGUCAAACCUUCACAAGGGUCUACAAUUGUUUUCGGUGCGCACUUUCUUUGCCGCUUCUUUUUACUUUAUUUUUAUUUCUGUCAAGUCUUGCAUAGUCAGUAAAAGCAGCGUCUUUUCGGCUUUUUUGCCCUCCGCAAAAACGUUUUUGCCCCAGCAAGAUACGGAAUAUUGCGUCUGUUUCUGGUUUUUUUUAGUCAUCGGUGAGUGUUUUUGUGUUUUAAUACGUUUUCCUAAAGAUCUGUCGAUAGAAAAAUAAAUCGUUUGUUUCAAUCAAUCAAUGGAGAUCUAGAGCGAAAAGAUAGAAUGAGCGACACUUAUUUAAUCUUAUUGUGUUCAUUUGUUUGUGUUAUACGCGUGAUUUAACUGAAAAACUCUACUUUCCCACUUUUCUUAAAUUUAAACACAUUUUUGAUAAUGUUAUUUGAACGAGUGUGAGAUGAUUGGUAUUUGCGCAGGUGGGUGUAAAAAAGGUUCUGUACAAGGUCCACAUUCUGCGUAUUUGAAAUAACGUACUCCAUCGAUUAUUAUCUCUAUGAGCUACAAAAAUCCACCGUCAUCGCAAUAUAUCUUUUUUGUCUGUUUUAUAUCCAAGAAAUGCACACACCAAAAGGCUAUUGCUCGAGAAAUAUUUUAUGUGUGUCCCAUCCUUUGAGAACCGUCAGCAAGAACUUUCUCAUUUUUUUGCUUUCCAGGCAGCAAAACCAUAGGAGCGCUACUUUUUUGUACACGGAAACAAUCGGGGAAAGGGGGAAUUUUUAACUACGCGUAUCUUACAAAUUAAAUUUGAGAUCAUAAUUAUAGCCACUCACAGACAAAUUAGGUAAUAAAAAAUGACUAGUGCGGAUCAAUAAAACGGAAUGACACAUCACAAAAGUUACAAGAAAAAUAUGACUGUAAAGCACAAUAAAAAUGCUUCGAAAUAUAAAUCACAAUCAAUCAAACAGGGGAAUGCUUAAGUUACGCUCGCUUAAAACGCUAGUUUUUGGGUCCCUGAACUCGACUAGAGUUGUCUCUGGUUGACGGAAAGGUAAAAAUUAUUCUCUCUCGCGCUCGCGUCUUUUCUUAACUAGAGACGAAGACAACAAACAACAAAUAUCAGCUGGUGGAAAACCAAACAACUCAACAACCAAACAAUUUCUAUAAGCAGCAGUCACUCAAGUUGACCCUUCUCCUCCGAGCCACUCUCCGCGCGGUCUCCAGCACGUGAAAAAAUUGCUUUCCUUUUUU